UUCUCACAUGGAAGCCAGUGCACGAUUUGCUGCACGGCAGUUCGUCCGCGUCCUCCCAGCCAAUAAGAAUCGCCAAGGGAGAUCAUUCAUCCAAUGAAAACGCUCCACGUGGAACAUCUACGUCUCUUCUCGCGCCUGUGACAUGGCCAAUAACUUCCCCUUGCAAGCGGCGAACUUUCAUACUCUCCGAUUCCCGCAUUUCAUGAUUUGAUCUCUCGGGAAUUCCAAAUCGGACGAAUCAAGGAAUUGCCAAGUUUCAACCUUCUCCGGAGAAUUGGGCUGCGUAAUCAGAGGAUCGCGGGGGGUGAUCGCGAUGGAGGCUCACGGUGCAGGAUUCCGGCGUGUUCUGUUGUUGGCGUUCUGUGUCUCUGGGAUCUGGGCCGCGUAUAUCUACCAAGGUGUUCUCCAAGAGACUCUGUCCACGAAGAGAUUCGGUCCAGAUGGGAAGAGGUUUGAGCAUCUAGCAUUCUUGAACUUGGCGCAGAAUGUAGUAUGUUUGGUCUGGUCUUAUAUAAUGAUCAAGCUCUGGUCUAAUGGUGGAAGCGGUGGUGCUCCAUGGUGGACUUACUGGAGUGCUGGCAUUACCAAUACGAUUGGUCCAGCAAUGGGCAUUGAAGCCUUGAAGUAUAUCAGUUACCCAGCUCAGGUCUUGGCCAAAUCUUCAAAAAUGAUUCCAGUUAUGCUGAUGGGCACCUUAGUGUAUGGCAUAAGAUACACUGUCCCCGAGUAUAUUUGUACCCUCCUCGUUGCUGGAGGAGUAUCUAUGUUUGCUCUCCUCAAGACAAGCUCCAAGACAAUCAGCAGACUAGCUCAUCCAAAUGCGCCCCUCGGUUAUGGGCUUUGCUUCUUGAACCUCGCCUUUGACGGAUUCACAAACGCCACCCAGGAUUCUAUUACCGCAAGGUACCCGAAGACAAAUGCAUGGGACAUAAUGCUGGGGAUGAACUUAUGGGGCACAAUAUACAACGUGAUUUACAUGUUUGGGUGGCCAAACGCAAUGGGAUUCGAAGCCGUCCAGUUCUGCAAGCAACACCCAGAGGCGGCAUGGGACAUUCUCAUGUACUGUCUGUGCGGAGCAGUGGGCCAAAACUUCAUCUUUCUGACAAUCAGUAGAUUCGGGUCUCUGGCAAACACAACCAUUACCACGACACGCAAGUUUGUGAGCAUCGUUGUCUCGUCGGUCAUGAGCGGGAAUCCGCUGUCGUGGAGGCAGUGGGGAUGCGUCUCGAUGGUGUUUGGUGGGUUAUCUUACCAGAUUUACCUCAAAUGGAGGAAGCUGCAGAGAAUGCCCAAGAAGAAAAAACCUUGAAUUUAUUUAUUUUUCCCUUCCAAGGUGUUGGAUUUGUUUUAACCUGUGCUCUUGUUCUCGCCUCUAUAUAGUCGAAACACCAUCAUUUGUACACUUGAGAAGCUUAUCUAAGUUUAGAUUAAAUGCAUAUUUUGCAA